AUGGAGAAUUCGAAGGAUCCGGAUCAGGACACCCUCGCGGACGAGUCUCUUCCCACUGGCGAGGUUCACGCCGAAGGUGGAGGUAUCGACACACGCGCAAGCGUGAACGAGGAUGGACGAAUCAACAUCAACGUCAACCUGAAACGGCGUUUCUCGCGUUCAAGUAUCCUCUUGGCCGACUUGCAAAGCGAUGUCCAGGACCAAUAUCGCAUUCAGACACCAGCUCCAGAGAGAGCGUGGAUUCCGCCAAGCCUGAUUCCCGAUCACCCGCACAAGAGGCCGCCGUCUCUGAAUGUGGUCAUACAGGUGGUCGGUUCGAGGGGAGAUGUGCAGCCCUUCGUGGCACUUGGGAAGGUGUUGAAAGAGCAAUGGAAUCACCGGGUACGAAUUGCGACGCACGCGGUCUUCAAAAAGUUCGUGGAAGAGAAUGGCCUCGAAUUCUUCAGCAUCGGCGGGGAUCCUGCUAAGCUAAUGGCAUUCAUGGUCAAGCAUCCCGGACUGCUCCCUAACAUUGAUGCUCUAUUCAGUGCUGAAGUCAGAGAACGCCGCCGUGACACCUACGAGAUGCUUGAAGGGUGUUGGAAGUCCUGUUUUGUCGCAGAUGACGACCUGUGCACUUCAAACCGACCAUUUGUGGCGGAUUGCAUCAUUGCAAACCCUCCCAGCUUUGGCCAUAUCCACUGCGCCGAAAAACUCAAUAUCCCCCUCCAUAUCAUGUUCACGAUGCCGUGGUCCUCGACAACGGCAUUUCCUCAUCCGUUGGCCAACAUCCAAUCCACGAACAGUACCGAGCUUGGGAUUGUCAAUCUUUUAUCCUACCCCCUAGUUGAGACCCUCGUCUGGCAGGGCUUGGGGGAUGUCAUCAACAAGUUUCGGCGGAAGUUGUUGAACCUCUCGCCCAUCCAUCUGGCAUUCGGCCCUCGAAUUUUGGGUGCCCUGCGCGUACCGCAUACGUCUCCAUCCCUCAUUCCGAAACCUAACGAUUGGAAAAGCCAUCUACAAGUAGCAGGUUUCUAUUUCUUGCCGCAAGCCUCGUCGUUCACCCCAAAUCGGGAACUGGAACUCUUCCUCGCCGCGGGGCCACGUCCGGUGUAUAUUGGUUUUGGAUCCAUUGUUGUCGAUGACCCAGAUGCACUAACGAAGUUGAUAUUUCGAGCAGCGAUCAUGUCCGGCCAGCGGGCGUUAGUCAACAAAGGCUGGGGUGGUAUCGGAGCCGAUUCUCUUCCAGAUGGUGUCAUGCUAAUUGAUAAUGUGCCCCACGACUGGCUAUUCCCUCGAGUAUCAUGCGUUGUGCAUCAUGGCGGCGCUGGGACCACGGCAGCAGGAAUCGCGUGCGGGACGCCGACGGUGAUCGUUCCAUUCUUCGGAGAUCAACCAUUCUGGGGCAAUCGGAUUGCGAAAGCGGGUGCGGGACCGAAGCCGAUUCCCAAAUCCCAAUUGACGGCGGAGAAUCUCUCCGAGGCGAUUCUAUUCGCGCUCCAACCCAGCGUACAAGAGCGAGCCCGUGAACUCAAGGAGUCAAUUGAUCGAGAAGACGGGACCAAAAUGGGCGCAGCGAGCUUUCACGAGAUGCUUGGGGCCGACGAGAUGCGAUGCGUGCUGAUUCCAGAAAGAACGGCAGCGUGGAAGCAUAAGAGAAAGAGAUGGAGAUUGAGUGCUUUCGCGGCAUCACUGCUCCUUUCGAAGCAAUUGAUCAAAGCCUCGGACCUAAAGCUUCUCCGUCAUCGUAUCUAUGACACGGAAUGGUACCCCACGGAGCCGAUAUCAGGCGCAUUAGCAGCAUCACUUGACGUAGUCGCAGAUACGGGUAAAGGUGUGUUUAUGGAUACCCCGAAGUCGAUAUACAAAGCGGUGAAAACCCAGCGACGUCAAAACGAAGCCGAAGCCGCAGCGACACUCCCAGCUGGGCACGCACUUACAGGGCCUGGGUCGGACGAAAAGGCCGCCCAAGGGCCACCCAGGUCUUACACUGCACCCCUACCACAUAUUAGCAUAACAGGGCCUCCGCUGAGCCGGAAUUCAACAUUUGGAGAUACCAGCUCGUUGGGGAGCUUGCCACCACCCGGAUAUUCCGAAUUAGAGUCACCACACGACUUUCAAGGGCCAUUCGAAUUGGAAGGGUCGUACGCUCAGCCAUCUGAACUGCAAGGGUCGGAGAUUCGGCCAGCCUCGAGCAAUUCAUCAUCAUCAUCGGUGUUUCGAGAAAUCACGGAAGAGGAUUUCAAGGCCCUUCAAUCCAUGGUGGAGACCACCGAAACCGCGAGCGCGAGCGCGAGCGCGAGCUCGACACCAGCCACGGAGCAAUCCGGCAGCCUUUGGGGUGGGGAAGCCCAACAAAUCUCAUCGGUGCAGACGUCCGCUACCAGUGCGACGUCAUCAUCCAAGGCGUCCCUUUCCACCGGGGCAGCCUACGCAGGAGCCGUGCUGAACGGGGCCAGUGCCGGGAUGGCCAAAGGCGUGGGAAGGGUUUUGGUAAGUGGAGUAGCCACCAGUUUCGAGAUCCUCCUACAAACCGGCCGUGGGUUUCAUAACUUGCCGUUGCUGUACGGAGAUAAAUCGGCGCGGCCUCACGAGCGGGUUACAGGUACCUUCAGUGGAAUCGGUGCAGCGGGGAAGGGCUUGGGGCUGGCAGUAUUUGACAGUAUGUAUGGUCUCGUUGCGCUCCCCGUCAAAGGCGCGAUGGAGGAAGGGGGCGUGGGUUUCGUGAAAGGUUUUGCUCAUGGGGUGGGAGGGCUAGCGUUCAAGCCCACAGCUGCCAUGAUCAAUACCGUUAGUUUGCCCUACCGAGGAAUGGUCAAAGACAUGCAAUCCAUGGGGGGCUUGCGAGCGAAAGAGCAGGUUGCGCUGGCCCGGAUGGCUCAAGGGGCGGACGAGUUGGAACGGGCGCCUGAAGAAGAAAGAGCUCGAGCAGUUGAACGAUGGCUGGAAUUGACGAAGAAGAAACGGCGAUUUCCAUUUCUUCCGAAACGGAAGCAAGUCGAAAAGAACGAAAGUCGAGAAGAACGAAAGGACGGUUCCGAGAUGAAAACGGCCCAUCCCCUUGCCAUUUAG